AUGGUUUUGUUUGUGGUCUUGUGGAGUACUGGACCUAAUCAGGACUUCAAGGUGAGAAACGCAAAAGCAGUCUCCUUAGGGCACUUCCAAUCCAAUGGACAAAAACUAUCUGACACACCCUUGAACUACGCACUCCACGUCCACCACGCCGGUGAAAGCUCCUGCCCCAACGCGUCGCCGAAGGCUGCCGCCUGCUACCACCCAACGCCGAACGCCGCCACUCCGACCGGCCGGCGCCGACGCCGGCUCCAGCCCCCACUCCAGCGCCCCAACGCUGGCCGCCCCCGCGCUCCUGACCGUUGCUGCACCCGCACUCCCGGCCUGCGUCGGCUCCGCCGCUUGCUCCCACCCCAACGCGGAAGGUCGCCCCCACGCUCCCUGCCGGCGUUGGCUUCCGUCGCCCCAAUUCCGACUGCCGUGGCCGGACGCGCUGGCCACACCCACGCCGUCGGCCGCCGACCGCCGAAGGCCACCACCAACCGCUCCAAUCCCCUGAUUGUUCCCCUAAUCGUGAGCCAUCGAUGCCACAACGACGUAGGUAUUCUGAUCUGGAGCGAUGGGCUCUCCGGUGGAGCAGAUGAGGCGGCAACAGCAGCGACUAAGGGGGACAACCGGUUGCCACCUGCUCAUUUCGCCAUUGAGAAAAGUGCCACAAGCCUGGACCCUGGAGCCCCAGAGUAUCAAUGCCGCUUCUACGAGCAAGGUCGUUGUGUUGCAAAUCCAGCCACUUCCUCAAAUGAGGACACUGCAGAUGCAGAUUGAAGUUUAUGCUCCUGCCUGAUAGCUAUCUCAAUUACUCCAUCAAAUGAUUGUAAGCUUGUGUUAGUGUCGUGUGUGCUGUAAAUCUGAAUGGAUAUGUUCACUUUAUAAAGCAUCAGGGAGCAUACAUCUUGUGGUUUUGACAAUACUCUCAAGCAGGUCGGGAGCCCUCCAUUUAGAAGGCAACAUAAAGAAACAGUUACGCUAUAUAUUUUCUGGCAGGGUCUGCUCACUUUCUUGGAAUAGUGAGUUCUAUGUGGUUGUGUAAAUUGACCAUUUUAUCCUACAGAAUGGGUAAAAACUCUAAACCCAAUCACAUUCAAAUAGAAAUGUGCUUUUUUUUUGGAACAAAUAGAAGUGGGCUUGAUAUGUCAUUGUUCACAUACUUCUUUUAGUGUUGCAGUAUUACAGUGAUCUGGAUUAGACAAUGAAUUGAAUUCUGAUUAUGGAUGACAGAAUGCUUUUUUGUAAAAAAAAUUAUGUCACAAUGUAUUUUGAUUGU